AUGGGAUGCGGAGGACUCUCAUCGCUGUCAUCACCAUCGCAAUCCAUCUCUCCGCGCAACGAACAAGUACGACCAAACCAUUCUGUCGACAUACGGCAACUCGACGACAACCUGCUAGACGACUGCAUCGAUACCGUAACACGAAGCAAGACUUUCGAGAAUAUUUCUCCAACACCUCCGCACUCAAGAGCCACCAUCGCGAUGAGCAGUAGAUCGUCCGUCACCGAGACCUGCUCACGACCAAGCCGAAGAGCAUCCAUGGUCGAAAACAUCAAGGCAACUGCUAGCCGCGUCAGUGCGAGGAAAUCGUCCAUCAAGAUCGAUGAUGGUCUCUCCGCGGGCGAGAAGCAGGCAGCGAGAAGGAGUGCGAGUAUCGAUACUCGGACGCUUGCUGAGGUCUGGAGUCUGAGGUAG